CCAUGUUGAAUUUAAAAGAAGAAGAUUGGGUCGAGGAAGAUGAAUUACGAUUAAUUCGUCAACAGACAAGUGAAUCAGACCAAGAUUAUAUUUUAACGGAACAUGGCUAUGAGGCUGACACUGAGGGUACCAUACAGGAAGAUUGGAAAAAAGCUCUGGAUGCUAAAAUGAGACUACAAGUGAAUAGUUCCAAUAAUUUAUGUUUUCCUGCAGUAUUUCGUUUGUUUAUUGAGAUGUUAGUUAUAAAACCAGAAUCGUCGACAGCUAGCGCCACCUUGGUUCCCGGAUUAUUGCGUCUGUUGCAAGUGUUGAAGAACAGUCGUCUGGCAGUUGAAGCUGUGUGUUCAGAGGGUCUGUUGGAGAUUAUUCUGGAUGGUUUUAAGGACAAGUUGAUUUGUAAAACUGGAACACAUCAAGAUAUAAUAGAACGAGAAGUGUUGUUAUCAUUAAUACAACUGAUGGCCCAACAACAGAUAUCGGCCCGGGAACUCAAUCUCUUCCUGAAACUAUUCCGCAUCCCAGGAGCUAAUAUAGAUUGUUUGUUGUCAAUGUUUCUGGGAAUUGUUGAAAAUUCAUCCAUUCAUCCAUCACACAUGUUGGAAUUCCCAGUUCCACCGAAACCAGAUCCACCGCCAACAGUUGUUCAGUUUGAUGACAUCAUAGAUACAGAUGGUCUUCGACUGAAUCAAAAUGAUGAACAUCAGAACGAGAUAGGAAGUGCCAUUCAGUGUCCAUUAAAAGAUAGACUAACAUGGCCACCAUUACAGACAGGAUUUAGCAUUUCUAUGUGGAUAAACGCUGAAGUGUUAACACAGAAAUCAUCAACGCCUGUAACGCCUGUUGACAACAAGAAACCAAACGAUACAAGCCAAAAUACAAAUCCAAAUACAAGUGGUGAUUCUCCACCAGAAGUCAGACCAAGAUCCUCAUCAUUUAACGGAACAAUGCCUCGGGAAUAUACACACAUCUUAUCACUAGGAAAUCCACAAAAACGUUUUGAGAUGUGGUUGGACACUAAAACAACAGCCUUGGUAUUCAGGAUAACAUCAGCGUAUUCUGAACCAGGUCUGCUGGUGGAAGUGUCUGCUGAUAAUGUGAUAAGUUUCAGUCAAUGGCAGCAUCUUGUCAUCUCUUAUAAAGAAUCACUGGAUGGUAGUACACAGCUAGGGAAGUUGACAUUGACUGUAAAUGGCUGGAUCCACAAAGAAUUUCAUCUAGAUCAUCCAGCCUCAGCUUAUAAGAAAAAUAUCAAGGUUUCACCCUCUAUGUUCAUUGGUUGCCUAGCAAAAGAUUCAGUAUAUUCUCAGUCAUGUCGAUAUAUGUUGGGAAACAUCAUGCUAUUCAAAGGUUGUGAUUUUAGUGAAGAAUGGUGGUUUCACCUGUUUACGUUGGGUUUAAAUUGUUCAUCAUUCAGUAAAUGUGAUUGUGUGAACACCCGAGUUAUCUAUUCUCCAUGUUUGAACAAAGAUGUCGUCUGCAAUGGAAACCUGUCGUCUGAUAUAUUAGUAGGAAGUGCUCAUGUACUGGAUAUUGAUAAAGCCAGGAGCUCGUUACUGUUAACAUAUCUACCAAGAUAUCCUGAAUCGGCAAGUUACUUCGGUUCCAAGCCACAGACGGGACAAAGUUCCUUACAGUCCGGCACAGCUCAAGAUUUUCUUUUAUUCCAAAUCCCCACUUUAUUAAGUUGCAUCGUGUCUGGACAACUUCAUGUUACAGUUAAUAAUGGCUUUGAGAAAGCUGCAGAACAGACAGGAGGAAUUGGAUCUUUCAUCUUUUUGGUUGCCAAGAUUUAUGAAAGUACUGUAAAGGAGGGUGAAAAUGACAGAAAGAAAGCCGAACAGUUACAGAGUAAAGCUAUUCGUCAGUUGUUCGUCAUCAUCAACCGGUUCCCACGUCUGGCAGAAGAAUUUAUGAACAUGUCUGGAUAUGGGAUGCUACGCCGUCUGCUCACCAGCUCCAGGAGUAUUGUGGGAUAUGAAAUUUUAAAGACUUUAUUAGACGCCUGUACAUCAGAAUCUAUAUUUAAACCAGAUGCAUCCUGUACAUGUCCAGUUCUCCGUAAAGGAACGGAAGCCAUCAUACGAGAUAUCGGAGUGGUAGAUCAGUUGUUGUUACACUGGAGAGUUUGGGAAUAUUCCGAAACACCAGACGUUGUAGAUUUAUUGUUUAAAGCUCUACAGCUAUUGGUCCGUGAAGAUCAUCCUCUACGUGAUUUUAACAUUAAGCAGUUUCAAGCGGGAAAUGUUCUCAAUAAGAUAUUCUCAAUUUAUCUGGAACGAAUACAAGAAAAUCUUCCAUCGCUAUCUGUAUCUGUGAGUGAAUCUGUGUCUGAGAUUGUUCAGGCCAUAUUAGGAAGUCCACCAGAUCUACACAUGUUAAUGGCCGUCACUGACUUCCUGUUGCUUGUUCAUCCAGCCGCUAAUUCUUUCAUUAACUAUAAAGCAGAAAGUAUUUAUUUCAAGUCAGUAUGGGCUCUUCCUAAUGUGGGAUCAACGCUUGUGAAGAAAACACGACAGAAGCACACGGCUGUGAACUAUGACAGUACAGAUAGUGAUAGUCAAGCGGGUAAAACAAUCCAACAUCGAGUAAAGAGAAUUAGUGAUUUGUCGAUAUCCAGCCAUGGAGGUGAUGCUGAUUUAAGUAGAACAGAUACAGGAGACACAGACGGCAGCGAGAAAUCGUACGAUUAUCCUAAGGUGCAGACGGUCGAUGAACCUCACGAUAAUAUGGAUCACGUUGAUUCUGAUGACGGCAUGGAAAUAAACUUUGAACCUGAUAAAACAAUAGAAUCAGACAGUGCUCAGAAAAGUUUGGAAUGGGAUGUCGUUGCUGGAUCGAUCGCAUGCAGUCCGUCAAACAAGAGAGGGGAUAUUGAGUAUGGGCUUGUUGAAGGAGAGGAAUCACCGAUUCUGUCACGACUGAUGAAUAAUAGAAAUAAUAGCCGUAUGUUCGAUGAUACACUGUUUAUAAGAUUCGAUGAUGACACCGAGUUUGAAGAAAAUAACGAAAGGGGUUUGGCGACCUUGUGUACUAAUUUAUUGAAUUAUUUAAGUGAAGUCGUUCAGACAUUACCUGAUUCUUCCGUGGAUCAAACCUUCAGUAAAAUCCUGAAUCCAAGCUGUCUUAUUGUCCUUGCUCAAAAUCCUUCACCUCAUAUCAAAACAGCUGUUAUAAACCUUUUGGGUUCAUAUUUACUGCGAGCCCCAGUUCCGCAACAAGAGAUGUUUUUAAAGAUGGAUGGUUUUCAUUUAUUGGCCAAUCAGCUUCAUUUAUAUCCAGCAAAAACUGAACAUGUGGAAGCUGCUAUUAGUAUCUUUCUUGGACAAACUUUCUUCUUUGAGAGCCCUGUAUCAUUAGAUGUAUAUGAUGAAGUAUCAGCCAUGCAACAAGCAUCAACAGUAUUAUUAUUAUCCUUGGUAGAGAAAACAGCUGAUGAUAUGGCUCUAUGUCAUAAUACGCUUACAUUUAUACUACAAUUAAUUCAGUCUAUACCUGUGAUGUCAACGAUACUAAUAGAUCAUGGUCUGGGAGAAGUGAUGUGUAAUUUAUUAUCAGUAAUAAGUCAAACAGACAACAGUGAGACAGAUAUUGAUGGUAUUAAAGAAAACCAGCUGUUGUUUAUAGACAUACAAAAUAUAUUCUGUGCUCUAGCCAUACGGGAAUUCAGUUGGAGUGCCGUCAUACAUUAUCAACAACUAGAUGAUUUAUUUAAUCUACUGAAGUCCCUGGAAAAUAGGGAAAUAUCCAGCAGUAAAAGAAUCUCAAGUCCUGAUAUUAUUCAAGGUAUACAGAUCGCAAUGUUAACAGGUAUACUAGAAUAUGUAGAGGGCGCCAGUGAGGACAUCAGUAAACAGUCAAUUGGUUGGUUCUCAGCACCCAAUACAAAUUCAGCAAACCAGGCAGGAUAUGGAAAAACAUCGCUAGGGCGUUCAAGCUACCUCCAGCAUCACCAAACCUACGCUAUGUCCGAACCUUUCCAAAUAUCCAGCUUCCAACUUAAUAAUCCACAAGAAAAUUCCCUGUCUGACACCUCACUCCAUUCUCAAACACCUUCGGUAGUCUCCUCUCAAAUUACAGAUAAUCCAUACGAUGACAGAAGCCUCAUUCUCUCCGGAUAUGGGUCGGGGGAGAGUGACAGCUCCGUGGAUUCUUACCGUCGUCGAUCACGAUGGACAUCACAGGAUUCAAAUUCCAAAUCCAGUUCCACCGCCAAAUUGGCGUUUUUUGGAAGUAGACGCAAGAAGCUGGUGUUCACAUCGAUCAGUCAUACAGAAUUACUGGAGAGAUUUAAGAAAAUUCUUGUAUUAGCCACUGAUCUGAUUGUUUUUCUUGAUAGAAAAGAUGUAAUGAAACCAGAGGGGGAAAGGUCUGUCAUGUUUUCCUUCACUAAAGGUCGACAGAUCAGAAGUCAGGAAGAUAAUUUUCUAAUCAUGUUAUUUAACUUUACCUAUCGAGCUCUAGAAAUGACGCUGGAGAAGAAUAUUUUCAGUAGAAAGAAUAAAAAUGUCAUCAUGUCAGGAGCUAAAGAUAUCAUUAGAGUUCAGCUUGGUCGCCUGCUUCUGUGCUUACUGUCUCCCAAAAUGGAAUUUGAUCAGCGUGUUUACGUCAUGUCGUUUUUAAUGGGUGAAACUAAAGGAAGAGAAAUAUUAAAACUCUUAGUUUCUAGUCAACAAGCGUCAACAGAAGUUUGUUUUUCAUUGUAUAAUCUUCUAUCUACCUGGCAUGACUGGUUAACCAAGUCACAAAGAGAACAUGGCUACCUUGCCGUAAAUAUUUUACGUAUGUACGGCUGCUCUAUUUAUUCCCCGGAUGCUAAAUUAACACAGGAAAUGGCCGACACUCUUACAGAGGAUAAAAAAACUAUUGAUGUCCAUUUUGAAAAAGAAAAGAGAAUGUGGUCACAAAAAAGAGCAACUGGAAUUGCCAGAAUUUUAACACGAUUUGAAAAGUUGGAACAGCAGAUCUCUGAUCGAGCUAUGGAAGUGACGCAGACCGUGACUCAAUUACAGAAUCAACAACGUAAGAAACUGAUUAAUCAUAUCAAGAAGAGUAUGACGGAAGGAAUACAUAUUAAAAAAUCCUGGCAAGAAUUGGUUCAAAAUCUCACACAUGAAAGAGCUGUUUGGUUCCAUGAAGAAUCGUAUCCUAUAUCGUGGCAGUUAGAUCCGACAGAAGGUCCUGGUAGGAUGAGAAAACGGGUACAGAGAUGUCAUCUUGGUAUACCAGAAAAAUUUCUUACAGAUGAAAACAAGAAAACUUUAGAAACUGAGAAAUAUGAUGCACCGUUAAAGUUUUUAUUUGAAGAUGAUCAUCAGACAUCAGAUUCUGCCGCCCUGAUUUACAGACUUUACACCAACGAAAAAAUUCAGCACACAUGUCGAUGUAUGGCCGUUUCACCAUCUUCAGAAAGCAAAGGAGAUUUAUUAGUUGGUGAGAUGUGUAUAUUUUUUGUGGGAGACGAGGCCAUUACAGAUGCUAAUUACACUCAAGUUUUAUUGGGUAAUAAGGAUGAGUUAUCGAUGACAUGGCCACAUGCGAAUAUCCGUGAAUUACACAAACGCUGGUAUCAACUACAGGAUGUGGGUCUAGAAAUAUUUCUAACCAAUGGUAAAACAUGUCUUCUGGCGUUCACCAAUACAAAGGAAAGAGAUGAACUGUACGUGUUUUUACAAGGUUUAGAGUUACCUAACUUGAUGGUUACCCAGAAUUUAGAUGUCGUACAACAGAUGUGGUUGGACGGUUUACUUACAAACUACGAUUAUUUAAUCUACCUCAAUAAAAUAGCUGGACGAUCUUUCAGCGAUCUGAUGCAAUAUCCAGUCUUUCCGUUUAUCUUACGAGAAUAUGAAAGUGAUGUAUUGGAUUUAGAGGAUCCAUCUGUUUACAGAGAUUUAAGUAAACCAAUAGCUGUUCAGGAUAAAUCUAGAGAGAAGAAAUACGGUGAUAAUUACGAGUUUUUACAGCAAGAGUAUGAUAAGAAUAUUGAGAUAGAACAUUUAAUACGAGUUCCACCAUAUCAUUAUGGUAGCCAUUAUUCUAAUAGUGGUACUGUUUUACACUAUCUAGUAAGAUUACCUCCCUUUACACAGAUGUUUCUCUCAUAUCAGGAUGGUAGUUUCGAUAUCCCAGAUCGAACAUUCCAUUCAGCCCGGACAUCUUGGCGCUUAUCGAGUUACGAAUCUCAGACGGAUGUUAAAGAACUUAUCCCAGAAUUCUUCUUUUUGCCUGAUUUCUUCAAAAAUACCGAAGGUUUUAAUUUUGGCCGUCGACAGAAUGGUGAAGUGGUGUGGGAUGUAUCAUUGCCGACCUGGUGUAAAAAAGAUGCCAGAUUAUUUAUAUUAAUUCAUCGACAGGCGUUGGAAUCGGCUUACGUAUCUCGUAGAAUUAACCAUUGGAUUGAUCUGGUUUUUGGAUACAAACAAAAAGGAGAAAUGGCAAAAAAAUCUUUUAACGUUUUUCAUCCUUCUACAUAUUUUGGGAUGGAUGUUGGCAAGAUAAACGACCCGUUAAAAAGACAAGCGAUGUUAACCAUGAUAAAAACAUACGGUCAGACGCCAAAACAACUGUUCAGAGCACCUCACGUGUCUUUAUCUAAAUCUAACGACAGUCUACUUUCACAGAUCUUCAACCCGACAUCUAAUAAUGGAGAUACGGAGGAACGAAAUAGAAACUAUAUUCCUCGUCCAAUCAACAGCGUAUCUGGAUUAAAAUGGGGUAAUUAUGUUGGAUCCCCCGAUUAUUUACCUCCCGUUCCAACCUGGAGAGAAGUCUAUCCAUGUGUUCUCACUAGUCUGGUACCAUUAGCAUCAGGUUUUGUAUUUGGUGUUCCUGCUAACUCUUGUGUUCUAGUUUUACAUUCCAAAGACAGGGGUUCACGAGAUAUGGUAUUUACGUCUAAUUUCAUGUGGGCAGCCAUUUUAAGUUGGAAAGAUCAAGAUGGUGUGUUACGAAUCAGUAAUCAAUUAUCCAAGCCCACUGUUAAUUUCCUUAUACACAGUCCUUAUGAUGAGAUCACAUGUUGUGCAAGUGUACCAGAUUGUCAUCUGUUAUUUAUAGCUGGUGUUAAUGGGGUUAUAGAUGUUUAUACCACGGCUCAUAACAGUGCUAAGGCGAGUGAGAUUCAGGUGUUUGGUACUGGUAAAUGUUUAUAUGGUCAUACUGGACGUAUUAAUACGCUGUGUGUGUCCAAUAAUUUUAGUAUAGUUGUCAGUGGUAGUGAGGACAAUACAUGUAUUAUAUGGGAUCUUAACAGGUUGUCGUAUGUACGGAGUAUCAGAAAUCACGAUAGCGGUGUAAAAGUUGUAACAAUAAGUGAUACACUUGGUGAUAUCGUCAGCGUUAGUUAUACAGAUACCGGGAGUAUUAUGUGUCUUCACUCAAUUAAUGCUGAACCAAUCGCCACUCAGAUCUGUGAUGAAAGGAUUAAUUGUUUAGCGUAUUCAUACGCACCUGAAGGAAGAUCUAUAAAUGUUGUUGCUGGUGGAUUGAGCACGGGUGUUGUUAGGUUGUGGAGUAGCUGGGAUUUAUCACCAUUAAAAGAUUUACAACAUGAAAAAUCUAUUGAUAGACCAGUAGUCGGUUUGACGUUUAGUAUCGACUCACAGCGUCUGUUUGUGUCAGCGGCAGACGGCAGUAUCACAUUGUGGGAAAAACAAUCGUCAAGAAAUAAACGUGACACUUUUGUACCUCUUCUAGGCAAAUAAAGAGUGUUAUAGGGUGUUCAAUAUGAUAUUAACUGUAAUACUCUGUAACUUGAAUUACGAUCAUGAACAGUAUUUUAUCACUGAAGCUAGUCCCUUGCAAAUUUUAGUCAUUGAUAUCCAUAUCUAGACACAUAUCGUACACCCUAGAGCUGUAGUUCAAACUCUUUACAUCAUCAGGAUCAUUGUACACCCUAGACAUCAUCCAGAGCUGGAGCACAAACCCUCUACACCAUCAGGAUCAUCGUACACCCUAGACAUCAUCCAGAGCUGGAGUUCAAACCCUAGACACUAUCAGGAUCAUCGUACACCCUAGACAUCAUCCAGAGCUGGAGUACAAACCCUCUACACCAUCAGGAUCAUGGUCAAGACACAUACCAUACUUCAGAUCCUAGAUGUCAUCAGUAUUCAGUACUGCAACGAUUGUGUAAAAUAAAUGGACUGGAUAUAUAAGUCUAAUCUGGUAACAGUGUAGAACUUGUUAUGAGGUCAGCAUGAUAGACAUCAUCUGAAAACGUGAUUGUUAUAAGAAUUUAUUAUACCAUUAAAACCAUAAAGAUGAUAUAUACAAUGAGUUCAAAUAUCCAACCUCCAUGCCGGCGGUGAUCUACAAAACUGAUCUCCCCAUACCUGAUGCAGUCUAUUUACAUUUCCCUUGUGCAUGCUGCAUGCUUACUGUCUAUUUAUAGUACCUCUCAGAGUUAACAACAUCAAUAGUCAGUAUGUUACGGUAGACCAUAGACAUCAUCCACUUGUGUACUACAAACCCGAGAUACCAUCAGGAUCAUCAUCAAGACACGUACUGCACACUCAAUCCAUCAUUCAGAUUCCUACUGCAAAGCUUAGACAGUAUUCAGAUGAGUAAUGCUAACCUUAGACAGCAUUCAGAUGUGUAAUGCUUACCUUUGACAGUAUUCAGAUGAGUAAUGCUAACCUUAAACAGUAUUCAGAUGUGUAAUGCUAACCUUUGACAGCAUUCAGAUGUGUAAUGCUAACCUUAAACAGCAUUUAGAUGUGUAAUGCUUACCUUUGACAGGAUUCAGAUGUGUAAUGCAUCUAGAUACUGCACACCCUUGACCUCAUCCAGAUUCAGUUGAUCCUAGACAUCAUCCAGAUCUAGACCCCUAGACAUAAUUUGUUGUUAUUAGUCCAAUUGACUCACAGAAGACAAUAUCAUCAAUUAUUUAUUGAAAAGGUGUUUUUUAUUUUUUCGUGUGUGUGUUUGAUAGGGAAGAGAAAGGAUUGUGUUUAUUUAUUGUGCACAUUGUUUUUAUAAUUUUGAGUGCUGGACUUGUCUACUUUCAAUAUAAACAUAUGUAAAUAUAUAUAUAUAUAUAUGAUGAUGAGCAUGAUGAUAGUAUUUUAAUGCUACAUAUUUUUUAAAGCUUUUACUGUGCUAGGCUUGGUUACAAGAUCAAAUUGUCUGUGGGAUCUGGUGACUAGGCCCAUCCUAGGCCUAGAAGAACAAUGUAAACAGUCGAGCACAAUGACUUAAAGUGAAUUUUUGUUCCUCUACACCUGUUAACAGGUCAUCACACACAUAGGUCACAGUUAUCAGUUUAAGUUUUAUUAUUGGAGUAGCAUCCAGUAAAAUUAGGCACAGUAAGCUGGUCACCAUAGUAACCAGCAACAAAACCGCUAAAUCCAAAUGGUGUUUCUGAUGUUAUAUAAUUGUUUACAUGUUUAAUGUGAUUAAUAUAGAUGAGAAGUAUUUUAUUCAAGUGCCUUGAUUUAUAUGGAUUAGGAAUUUGAAAGAAAUUUGUCAUAGUGCACUGAAAUAUUAAAGUCUUAAAAUGGCCCAUGUAUAUAUGUACCAAACGAACAUAAGCUAAAGGACACUAAGGCCCUCUGUACAUAUAAAGUACACUUAAGCCCUGUGUACAUGAAUCCAACAUACAUUAGUCCAAGUGGGGGGGGGGGGGGUAGGUGGCCAAAUGGUUAACGUGUGCACGUCAUUGAGUCAAGUGGCAUGGUUUCUAUUCCCUGCUUGUACAUAACAAAGAGUAGGGUCACCUUUCCAACCUCCAGUUUCCUUACACUGCAAAAGACCCUAACAUACAAGGUGAUGAUUGGAAUAAAUUUGAACCAUAUGUUAGUGCAAAAAUAAUUUAGUUUUCUAUUUCUAUCCAUAUGAUAAAAACAAAUUUUAAGCACUGCUAAAAAGAUCCCUGUGUGCUAGUGAUUAAUGACAUAGAAUUGAACCAUAUGUUAGUCCCAAAAUGACCUACUUUGUGUUGGGUGGUCAUAAAACCCUCUCUCUCUUUCUCACACAUUAGUUAAAGGACACUAAAGGUCAAUGUACAUGUACAUAAUAUAUUAUCUACAAAUAAACAUGAAACAUUUAGAAGUAGAAAGGUUGAAUAUCACCUGGGCAAUUUGUAGAACAAAUAUAGAUGAGAUUAUGAGAAUUUUAGAGGCUAAUUCAUUAUUUCAGAUUAUUAUUAUAAAAUCAUGUUUUAAAAUAAACUGAUUAAUUUAUUUACAUAUUUUAUGUCUGUAUUUUAUUUACAUGUGUAAACGUAAAUGAUGAGAAAUUGUUGACAGAAAAUGGAGUUAUCUCCCUUUAACUACAAAAACCCCACAGUAUUUCAGAUGCUUGAACUGCAUUAGUAUUUUGAUCAAAUGUAAGACAUAUUGGUGAUAAACAAAUUCCUAAAUACAGAUUGGUUGUUUUAGAUGCAUGCCAAUAGUGUACACACAGGUGGACCUUAAUUUUUGAUUGUAUCCAAAUGUCCAAGUAUAUAUUUCUAUAUAGAUAGUUCUGAUUAUUCUUCACGGCCUAAGCCAACAUUCUUGUUGGGAUGCAAGUGUCCUACCCUGGUGACACUGUUGCUGCGAGGUAUUUGAUGUGACAUAUUUUGUUAUUUGUUUAUCAGCAAUUAAAACAAUAAGUGCUUUUAUUUUAUAUUUAAUGGACCUAGUAUGUUGAAUAUAAGCUUAUAUAUAUAUAAUUUUAUAUUUAAUAUACUUAGUAAGUUGAAAAUGAGCUUGUAUAUAUGCAUUUAUAUUUAAUAUACUCAUAAUAGUAAGCUGAAUAUGAGCUUGUAUAUAUGCAUUUAUAUUUAAUAUAUUUAGUAUGUUGAAUAUAAGCCUAUAAAUAUAUAAUUUUAUAUUUAAUAUACUUAGUGUGUUGAAUAUACGCCUAUAUAUAUAUAAUUUUAGUAAGUUGAAAAUGAGCUUGUAUAUAUAAUUUUAUAUUUAAUAUAAUUAGUAAGUUGAACAUGAGUUUGUAUCCUUUCACUGUAAUAUAUUGUAUAUUAUGUGACUAUAAUCUUUGACUAUUAUAAAACCUUUCAGCAUAUUGUAUAUUAUAUUAUAAUUAUGAAUUGUUAUAUUUUUAUUUGUGCUCAAAAUAAACCAAAGAAGAUGGAAUUAUUUUAUAAACACCAAGUCUUUUUUUAUACCCAAUUUCUUGUGGAUGCAGACUAAAGUUAUCAUGCUAUUAAAGAUGCAUUAUGUAAGAUUUAGAUAAAGAGCUGACCAUUUUUGCUAUACUAGUUCCAAAAUAGAUAAUUCAAAAUGAAAAUAUUGAAAAUUUCAUUCAAAUUAUGUUAUUAUGUUAUACUGAGUGAAGUUAACACAGUUUGAAGUUUUGAAAAGAUGUGGCAUAGAUUGUUUAUUAUCGUAACAACGGUACAUAUCAUUCGAAAUUUAGCCUCACAUUGCCAUUUUAAAAUUACAUCAUUAAAUGGCGACUGUGUUUUAAUCUGUUCAAAUCUCUGCAUCCGAUGGUCUAGAGUUGAUUAUAUAGGCUUGUCAUGUGAAUAAAUGUCUAAAUAAUAGUUUAUAUACCUCUUGAAGUCAAAAUAAAGGCCUGCAAU